UGUUGGGUUUUCGAAAUCACAUCCCACGCGACUUUUCGUGUCGUCCCGACAAUGUUCGUUCUUCGUCUAGGAGGGCUCUCGUGCCCUCGGCUCCUCCGUUUCGAUUAUCAGUUCAAAACCUGUUUCUAUCAACGAAGCAUUCGUUUUUCAGUUUUCAGGGAUCGGACUCCGAGAUGCCCCUGCAAAUUCUUCCGAGGCUCAGACCAACUAAACGGGCCUUUAUGGAGUGCUUCCAUGGCAUUUUCAAUUGAAGCUUGAGGUAGACUCUUCACGAUUCCUUUGUGAAGAAGAUGAGCAGAAAAAGGGGGGAACAAAAAGAAAAAAAAAAGAAAAGAAAAGAAAAGAGAAAAGCCUCCAUUGACUUCAAUUGCUAAAGAAAAUUGGAUAAAGAUUAAAGCGUUGCAUUUGUUCCAUGGCAUUUCAUCAUGGGCAACUCCUUCAACUCUGGUCAGAUUUGGAGUUGCAGUUGGAGUGCGGGUCGGUGUUUGCGUUUGAGUCUGCGAUAACUCGGAGAUCGUCUCGGGGACUCGGUGGGUUGAGAGGGUAUACGAACCGAACGACGUGUUGUGCCGGCUUUCCGGUUCGUUACCGCACGCCAAUGCCGUCGGUCGGGAUGAGGCGGACCACGAGGGUGUUUGGGGUGGUAAAGGGCCUGGAUGGUGGUGCCAGGGUACUGCGUUCCGGGCGACGCCUGUGGCCGGAAUCUGUUGAGGGAAAGCUCAGGAGAGGCAACGAUGGUGAAGAGUGGUUCAAGCUCGUCAAGAACCCCGGGAACAACGGCGGCCUCGGGUGCAAGCAAAGUGGCUGGGCCCUGGGCGGUGUCAAAAGAGUUACCGCCGUUGACAUCAACGAUGCUGACGAUUGCAAAGCAGAGGAGGCUCCGAUAUGUGCUAAGAAUGCUGUUAAUGUUAACCAUAGCGUUGACAAAUUAUUUGGGAGGGUUUAUAGCAGAAAGAGGAGAAGAACAGGCACUGGAAGUUACGAUUUGGGUGAUUCAAAGAGAAUGUACGGGCUUCAAUUUUUUCGUCGGCAAAGGAGAAAGAUCGAUGGCAGUGAAGGUUUGGAGAUCGAUGGUAUUGAGGGGUUGGAGGUGUUCCUUCCCCGUCCUAUGCUUGCGGUUGUUGGCGCUGGUGGUGGGAGCGAUUCCUUCAUAGUAAGUUUUUUGUACUCUGUUUUGACUUACAUGAGGAGGGCCACACUGAGAUUGAAUAAGUUCUCUGCAUUCUUGAGCUCUGAGCCGAUUGCCAGUGUUUAUGCCUUAGGUGGAAUUCAUUUCUUGCGGGAUCCUCCCAUAACUAGUGGCUCUGGAAUGUGCAAGUUUUUUGGGGCCAUAGACUUCAUACCCUUGUUCUCUCUGGAUUUUUCUACAGUUCCUCUGUGUUUUAUGUACAUGCAUUACAGGAUGGUUAUGAGGUAUAAGUGUUGGCCCUUUGUUCUUGCGAAUAACUCGUGUGAUGCGGACACAAGUGGUGACAUGAUAACAGACAGUGAAGAAGAUGAGAGCGAAGAACGCGGAGUAUACUUUCCUUCUGAGAGAGAUCUGUCUGCAUCUUUGAUGGAUCCAUCUGAAUGCAACAACAUGGUGCAUGAAGCACAUAAUUUGGAGAACAGAGCAUUAUUACACCCGUCCCUUAGAGCUUCAAAAUUAGCUGGUCGGUCUGCACAGUCCAGGAAUUGUUUAAAUUCUCGUGGUUUCCGGAAGAGGAGAAGUUCUCUGAGAAGGAGGAGAGCUAGAAAUCCUUCUGCGGUUGGUGUACACAAACCUAGUGGAGCUGUAGUUUCUGAUGCAAUUCAUAAUAGGAUAAAUGGUAUGCCUUUCUCUUCUUUGGUUACAAAUAAUAAGAUUAGGAGCCCAGUUCGGAGUAGUUCUCCUAGACAAAGUAAAGAAGAGAGUUCUACCUCGUGUGGAUCCAGGCAGGACGGAGAUAUAUCUUGCUGCACUGCAAACAUAUUGGUAAUUGACUCGGAUAAGUGUUACCGAGUAGAGGGUGCCAAUAUUAUGUUAGAAAUCUCUGCCUCAAGGGAGUGGCUUCUUGUGGUCAAGAAAGAUGGAUUCACAAGAUAUACACAAAAGACUGAAAAAAUUAUGAGGCCGUGUUCUUGUAACCGAUUCACACAUGAUAUACUGUGGAAUUUGGAUAAUGGCUGGAAGCUAGAGUUUCCCAAUCGAAUGGACUGGUUCACUUUCAAGGAUCUUUACAAGGAAUGUUCAGAUCGAAAUGUUUUGGCUCCUACUGUGAAGAACAUCCCAGUGCCAGGGGUUCUUGAAGUAUUAGACUAUGGAAAUAACAAUACUACCUUCUGCAGACCUGAUCCAUACAUUUCCAUAAAAGAUGAUGAGGUCUCUAGAGCCAUGGCAAGAAGCACUCCAAAUUACGACAUGGAUUCUGAAGACGAGAAGUGGCUGGAAAAAUUCAAUAAUGAGUAUUUUACAGGGAAUGAUAUUCAUCAUGAUGUUUCCAAGGAUGCUUUUGAGUUAAUGGUUGAUACAUUUGAGAAGGCUUAUUACUGUCAUCCUGAUGAUUUUCCAGAUGAAAAGGCAGCCGCUAAUCUUUGUCUGGGUCUGGGUGGGAGUGAAGUAGUAGAAGCUGUGAGUAAUUACUGGAUGAAGAAACGGAAGCAAAAGGGAUCAGCGCUUGUCAGGGUUUUCCAGGGUCAUCAAGCAAAGAGGGCACAAGUGAUUCCCAAGCCAUUUUUACGAAAGAGGAGGUCAUUCAAACGACAGCGAAGCCAACUUGGAAGAGGCAAACCACCUAGUUUUUUGCGAGUAAUAGCAGCUGAACAAGAUGCUUUGGAAGAAAAGAAUUCUAUGCUCAAAGUCAAAGAAGCUAAUGCGUCUGCAAACAGAUCCGUGGAAUUAGCUGUUCUCAAACGUAAAAGGGCUCAGUUUCUAAUGGAGAAUGCAGAUUUAGCUACUUACAGGGCCGUGAUGGCAUUUCAAAUUUCAGAAGCAGCUCGAGUUGCUGAAUCAACAGAUGCUACUACCAGUUAUUUUCUUGACUGAUGGAUGAGGUGUUCCUGAUGCUAAUCAGAAUGGCGAUUUUUUUCCCCUUUUUUAAAUUACAGGAAGGAUUGCAGCCCCAUGGCUGGUUGUGGAGUCGUCAGGAAGGUUACCUUUGAAUGAUUGUAAUUUUGUAUAGAUGUUGAUUGAAUGUACAUCCUGUAUUAUUAUAUGUUCACACCAAUCGUGUACAAUGGGGGUUAGUUCAUUCCCUUAUGGGGGGAAAAAAAAAAUAGAAAAAGAAAUACAAGAAAAAAUUUGAGAUGUAGGUCAUACCGAUGUCUCUAAACUCUGAGGAGAUUCUGUUUUAAGAAUGUGUAUAUUUAGAGAGAUGUAAUCUGCA